UUUGUGAAAGGUGUGGCGAGUCAGCAACAUCAUGACAAAGGUGAAAUCCCACAUUUAUUCUGGAUUCUGCUGCUGCGCUGGGAGAUCACCUGUAGAGACAUGAAGGCCUCAGUAACUCUGCUGCUCUUUUUGAGUCUCUUUGAGACGAAUCUCAGCGUCUACAGAUAUCACUUUUUCGUGAAUGUGACUAUGCCCUGGAAAGAGGCACAGGAUCAUUGCAGAGCGCACUACGAUGACUUGUCCACUAUCCGUAGCAAAGAUUUACAGAUGCUCUCUACCAAUCGUGAAAUUAAAACUACUUAUUUUUGGAUUGGACUUGAGAGAGAUGGUGAAGACAAUAACAAGUGGGUAUGGUCCGAAGGCGGGGAGGCGACGAUAACGUUUUGGAACGAAGGAGAACCAAAUUUUGAUCAUGAAAAAUGUGGCGCUAUCGGUAAACGGACAUAUAAAUUGUUUGACGCACCAUGCACCAUGAGUCUUGAAUUUUACUGUAUGAGGGUCUUUGAGCUGAUCCUGGUGCAGCAGAAAAGCACAUGGGAAGAGGCUCUGCUAUACUGCAGAAAUAACCACAUCGACCUGGCCAUACUCAACUCAGAAGACAUCAUGGAAGAAGCGCAGAGAAAGAGCACAGCAGCCGAUACAGAUUACAUGUGGACCGGACUGCGCUUCAUCGCUGGUCACUGGUUCUGGGUGAAUGGAGAAGGCAUGGGCUAUAAGGUCUGGUCUGCGGGUGCAGAGCCCAAGUGUCCUGCCAUGGAUCAGCGCUGUGGGGUUUAUGAUCGAACACAGAACGUUUGGAAACCCGCAGACUGUGAGCAGAGACUCAACUUUCUCUGCGUCAAGAAGGGAUACAAGUCUAAUCUUUGA